UGUUUGCCGAGUGCGGUUUACUGCUCGAAACUCGUGGAGCAGCUAGAGAAGGCGAUGUACAAUGCUUCAGAUGGCACAGCCUCAGCUCUUAUUGCUCCAUCAAAACCGGUACGCUCGUUCUUCCACACCAACAAGAGCACAUGCCACGAGUGGCUGAGCCGUAACAGGAGCGCUGUAGUGGCAGUGGCCCUGCGCGCUGGCAUGGCAUCAUGCGCCGUCCGGCACGGCUACACACUGCUGCAAGACCUCCUAGACCUGGGCAACACUAAGGGAUCAGAGUUUGAGAAUGCUGUGCUGCAAGUGGCUUGGGCGUUGUUGAAGCUGAAGCAGUCAGAGCCCAUACAAGGACUGUACGUUUGGUGUCGGGACAUCAUCGGAAUCAAGUUCCCCUGUCUAAAGGCAAUGGCGGACCAGGCUGCUGGCAAGUAA